ACUCAGAGUUAACCAAAGAGAACACAAAACACAGCCCUCAGCUCCCUUUAGUCCUUUACAUAUAUACACCACUCCUUACAUAGAAAGAAAGAAAGAUGGGUAGAGCUCCUUGCUGUGACAAAGCUAAUGUUAAGAAAGGGCCAUGGUCGCCAGAGGAAGAUGCAAAACUUAAAGAUUUCAUUGAGAAAUAUGGGACUGGUGGAAACUGGAUUGCUCUCCCCCAGAAAGCUGGUCUAAAGAGAUGCGGGAAGAGCUGCAGAUUAAGAUGGUUGAACUAUCUGCGCCCCAAUAUCAAGCAUGGCGAAUUCUCUGAUGAAGAAGACAGAAUUAUUUGCACCUUGUACGCCACCAUUGGAAGCAGGUGGUCAAUAAUAGCAGCACAAUUACCUGGAAGGACAGACAAUGAUAUCAAGAACUACUGGAAUACCAAGCUUAAGAAAAAGCUUAUGGGGAUGAUGAUUUUCCCGUCUUCUUCCACCGGUUACAAUAAGAGGAAAUCGCCAUUGUUUCCGGCGACCACUAUCACUCCUUCUACGGUUGUCCCGUUUCAGCCUCCGCCGCCACCCCCGCCGCCGCAAUCCAUAUUUUCUCUUUACACACCGACUAUCCGGUCCCCAUUUUCCACCCUGGAUUCCCUGUCCUCAAUCCCAAAUUUCCUGUGCGAUAAUAAUAACACAAUUUCUCUGGGGGCUCCCAAUAAUGGCGCCUUCCAUCAUCAAGGACAAAACCAGGGUUUCUUGAACCCCAUGCAGUAUACUAGCCCCGCCAACAGUAACCCACAUUUUCUCAUGUUCGGCGGCGGCGGCGGCGCCGAGCCCGCCAGUGGCUCCUCCUCCUCCGACGGGAGCUGCAUUAAACCAAACCCGCCGGAAAUCAUCAAGCAAGAGCCCGACCUGCUGGGGAACUGUUUCCAGGCGCAAAUCGUCUCCCCUCCCACUGCAAACGCUUUCUUCGACGUCGACCAGAUUCAAACCCAGAAAUUCUUCGUCGAUUACACCCACCACGUCGCCGCCGCCGAAACCCCGCCGUCCGACGAGCACCAUUUCUUCAGCAACGGCGGACAUUUCGCCACCCCCGGCGGCUCCGCCACAACUACUCCUACUCCUCCUCCUCCGCCGGUGAAUAACAACAACAAUCAGGUGCAAUAUGACCUUGAAGUUGUUACGCAGCUGGUGAGCAGCGGCAAUAAUGGCGGCCAUGAAAGCAAUAACAAUGACGGGUUCUAUUUGUUCAACGAUGAAAGCAAGACGGAUCAUGAGAGGGGGAUGUACUACUAUUACUACAACUGAUCUCAUCAUAAACAGUACAAAUAUCAUAAAGAUUUGCAGAGAGCGAUCCAGCGGCGAAUUGCAUGCAGAUUCAUACAUAUUUUCGAGGAAGAUCAAUGGGCUUUCUGUUCUUGUAUUAGCUUAGCCAGUUUAUUUAUUAUAAUGAGCAUUGAAUUAAAUUCCCACCCCCCCCCAAAAAACAAAAAAAACUUUGUUCUUCCUUAAUAAUAUACUCCUUUCAAUCUUUCA